UCAUGUCCACUUGCAAUGGGAUUACAGACUUGUUUCUAGUGGUUUCUCGUUGUUUAUGUACCCUAGCAUAACGAUGCUGAGUCAAGCAUAUCGGGAUAUCGUUGAAGCGAGAGACUGGACGUCCUAUACGAUCGUGUACGAAGACAAUGAAGCUCUCAUUAAGCUCAAGGAACUAUUGAAGAGAGACAAAGAAAAGACAGCAAAGGUUUCGAUUCGUCAACUGAAACCAGGAAUGAGUUACAAGAAGCUUGUUAAAGACAUUGGCAAGCAAGGAGAAACAAAUAUCGUAGUUGAUAUAUCCACCUGGAGAAUUAAGGAGUUUUUAAAGGAGGCACGAGACAUUGGAAUGAUGACCGAAUAUCACAAUUACCUGAUAACUUCUUUGGACUUACACACGGUUGACUUGAGGGAUUUCCAGAGGGGAAGAACCAAUAUCACAUGUUUCCAACUGGUUAAUCCUGUUGAUAACCAAGAAGGAUGGGAGUGGGUUUAUAGAGGCGGACGUUACAGGAAAGUAUUUCAUCAAAAAAACGUUGCUUAAGACACAGGCUGCUUUGGUCUACGAUGCACUAAAAGUGUUUGCUCUGAGCCUACAUAACAUAAGCUACUACCAAACAGUUCGUAACCAGAAGAUAUUCUGUGAUAAACCACAACCCUGGAAGCAAGGAAGUUUGCUUUUAAGUACUAUGAAAAAGGUAAAAUUUAAAGGUCUCACAGGAUUAGUUGAAUUCGACCAAAACGGGAUGCGAACCAGCGUUUCACUUGACAUCCUUGAAUUGAAAGAAGAAGGGCUGAAAAAGGUCGGAACCUGGAAUCAGCAGGCCGGGGCUCAGUUCACAACACCAUAUGAAGCAGUUUUAGAUGACGUCAUGCGUCAGUUGAAGAACCGAACGUUGAAGAUCGUAACAAUUAUUAAUCCACCCUAUACGAUGUUAAAGGAGCCCGCCGACCAGCUAAGUGGAAAUGACCAGUUUGAAGGCUAUUGUGUAGAUAUAAUAGGAGAGAUUUCUAGGAUCUUAGGCUUCAAAUACCACAUACACCUGGUUCGCGACGGAGCUCAUGGAACUAAAAGUGAGCUCGGAGAAUGGAAUGGCAUGAUACGGGAACUGAUCGAUAAAGAAGCUGAUUUGGUUCUUGCUGAUUUGACCAUUACUUACGAACGAGAAGAAGCCGUAGACUUCACAAUGCCCUUCAUGAAUCUAGGAAUAAGUAUUCUUUUCAGGAAACCCAUGAAAAAGGUUCCGAAUUUAUUUUCUUUCUUAUCACCUCUCUCCUUGGAAGUGUGGAUCUAUAUGGCUACAGCCUACUUGGGUGUUAGUAUACUUCUCUUUAUGCUAGCACGGCUAACGCCUUACGAGUGGGUGCCUUCUCAUCCCUGUGAUCAAGACUCGGGUGUCUUAGAAAAUCAGUUUACCUUGCUCAAUAGUUUCUGGUUCACUAUAGGAUCCUUGAUGCAGCAAGGGACUGAGGUAGCUCCGAAAGCAAUAUCAACACGUGUUAUAGCUACUAUGUGGUGGUUUUUUACACUAAUAAUGAUUUCAUCGUAUACUGCUAAUCUCGCAGCGUUUUUAACAAUACAGAGGUUGAAAUCACCAAUCGAGGGUGCCGAUGAUUUAGCUGCGCAGUCAUCAAUCCAAUAUGGAUGCUUAAAUUCUGGAUCUACUAAAACGUUUUUCAAGGAAUCAAAUAUUUUUUCGUAUAAAAAGAUGUGGGCUGUAAUGCAGGCGCAACCGUCGGUUUUCACUGAGUCAAAUCAACAAGGUGUCGAAAGAGUUCUCAAAGGAAAUUAUGCUUAUCUAAUGGAAUCUACAUCCAUUGAGUACAUGACGGAGAGAAACUGUGAAUUAGAGCAAAUAGGUGGACUAUUAGAUUCAAAGGGCUACGGGAUAGCAACUCCAGAAGGAUCACCAUAUCGAACUCCAAUUUCCAACGCUAUUCUACGCUUGCAGGAGGAUGGAAUUUUACACUUACUGAAAGAAAAAUGGUGGUCUAGCAACAAAGAAGAACGCUGUGGACAAGAAGAAAAAAAGACUAGUAUCUCCACCAGUGAACUUGAUCUAGCCAACGUAGGAGGAAUGUUUGUCGUCCUUCUUGCUGGACUUGGAUUUGCCUGUAUAAUUUCUGUUAUUGAAUUUAUUUGGAAAACUAAAAGAUUGUCUAAGAACGAAAGAGAUCCUGUCAUCUUGGAAUUUAUGCGCGAAUGUCAGAACAAAAGAGGGACUGAUUCUCAGGAGGAGGAAGAUUAGUCUGAAUAAUAGUUGUUGCAUUAAUUUUGUUUCCAAUAUGAGAUUACACUGAAAGUGUUUAUUCAAACCUAAAGCGUUUAAUAGUUAUAAAUAAAUAUGGGAGAUUUUUGUCUCAAACAAACGGAAACAAAACAAAAGUUCAAAAAUAAGUCCUUUGCUAAAAUAUCAAUAAAAUGAAGGUCGAAAUAAGUUCCAUUCACUUUCUUGGAUGUGUCCAAAUUUAAAAACAGUAAUCACGUUUUAAUAUAGCAUAGAUCCAGAGAAGUAUAGUGAAAACAUUCUAACUAUACGACAAUGAAUAUUCAGCAUUUUUUAAAAGAAACAUGUGGUUUUCAUUUUCGGUUUUGUUAAAGUGAAUCAGUUU